GGAGCGGUGGGGGGCAGGUUUGGGGUGGUCUCUCUGAUUCCACCCUCCUGGGCUCCUCCAUGGUGUCCUGGUUUUGGUUUUGGUGUGGUAGUGAGCUUAUUCUCUCUGUGAACAUGUCAGUGAGCACACAUUUGGAGGAGGGGGUGUCUGGGCAUGCUGGCACACCUGCAGGUGGGCUGCCCCCAGGGACCCAUGAGGGCACGGCUGUGGUGGGACAUACAUUGCACAGGGUGUACCUGUGAAAGUGCCUAGGCACAGGGUGCAAGCCCCUGUGGAUGUUCAUGAAAAGCCUGUCCCCCUGCAGGCUUGGGCGUCUGUAGGGUGCCUCCCCCAUCUCUCCCCCCUUAUCAGAUAACUGCCAGCAUCCUCAGUUCUCAGACUCCCAGGCCCCAGGCGAGAGAGCCUGGUGAAAACUGCCUAGGACUGGGAACAGGGGCACCUAAGUCUCAAGCCUCGCCAGCUCCAGCCGCAGGUGCCCUUGAGCCAGCACCGCCCCACCCUGGCAGCUGGAGUGUCCUCACCCAAUGGGAUGGGGUGACACGAGGGGAGGAGGCAGCAGGAACGCUUCUCCCGCCCCCAGGAGCACAGGGAGUCUCAUUACCCCGGUACUCAGUAGACUGGGGGGAUUGAGCCAGGACUUGGCAUUGACUACAAAGUGUGGGGGGCACCCCCCAGCACUCCCGCGGGCGGCUGGCCGGGGGGAGGGGCUGUGACGUUCAGUGGCCUCAUGCAGCCGAGAGGAAGUAGCUAAUUGCUGACCUGAUGACUGGGCAGCCUGAGGAGUGGGGUGAUGAUGCCACUCGCGGAAGCAGGCGCCCCAGCCCAAGGAGGGGGCCCUGCAGGGACGGGUGGGCCAGGCCUGGGCUCUGCAGAGGCCGAGGUGGCUGUGGCCAAAGGAGCAGGGGGUGGGGAAAGGCGCCGGCGCCUCCUACGGCAGGAGUCCCUUCUCCGCGGCCUCUGCCGCCCCCUGUGUCCCCACCCGGGCUUCUGAGAGUCUGACUCAGCCGAGCCCGCAUCGCUUCACCUCCUACAACACACCCGGAGCGCGCGGAGAAAUUACAGGAUUGCAGGGGCACGGCUAAUGCUCUCUAAUUACCCACUGCCGCUCUCGUUCGCGGCGCUCUGCGGCGCUGGGCCAACAUGCCGUAAUUAGGCCGCCCCUCCCCGGUCCCUGAACCUGUCCCUGGUGCCCAGGACAGCGCGCAUCCGCUCAGCCCGCCGCCCCCUGCUGCCCUCCGGGACUGCCCCGCAGUCCCAGGAGAGAGUUCUGCGACCCCCACUUGGAGUGGGGAGAGGGGAGGUGCGGGACUUGGGGACCAGCCCCUCCCUCCCUGUAAGCCUACAGUCCUGGAGAUCUCUGCUGGAAGGGACUGGGAGAGUAGGGACGGUGGACCCAUUUCGUUGACAUGGACACUGAGGCCUAUUGGAAAGCUAACU